CACCAAUCUCCCUGAUCCCACCAAUCUCCCUGAUCCCACCAAUCUCCAAUCUCCAAUCUCACAAUCUCCCUGAUCCUCUCGAUCUCACAAUGAGCAAACACCCCAUCACCUGUCACGUGCUCAACACCAUCACCGGCAGACCCGCCGCCGGCCUCCGCUGCGAGCUGCUCAAGCAGUCCUCGUCCUCCUCCACCAGCGACUUUUCCACCUUCGCCACCGCGACCACGAACGCCGACGGCCGCGUCGUGUUCUGGGACUUGCUCGAGACGUCGGAGAGUACCUCGCCGGCUUCAAAUCAGGCGUUUCUUGACCUCGCAUACGUCGGAAGCGAGGACUACGCGUCUGCCAACGACUGUCUUUAUAAAGUCAAGUUCCUCGGCAUCGACCAGCUCUUUGACAACGACACCUUCUUUCCCUACGUUGACAUUGUUUUCAAAGUUCCGGCUGGGAAACUUGGGCUUGAGCAUUUCCAUAUUCCUUUGCUGCUCUCAAAGUACUCUUACUCUACUUACAGAGGAAGCUAAGCUUAUAGACAUUUGUACAUAUACUUCUUUAUAUAACAACAUCACCAUAGCUAAAUUAGAGCCAAAUAGCACUUAUUAAGAGUCUGUCUACAUAUAUACCUACGUCACAUCACCAUAGAUAAUAAUAUAACG